CCAUGCCUCGCCUCUCCUCCACCACGCCAAUGUCACCACCACGCCUCCGCCUCCGACUCCGCGGCCGCCACUCCUCCUCCACCUCUCAUCCCUCACGCAUCUGGGAUCCCCACGCCGCCUUCGCCGGCGCGACGCAGCGGGCGCACUCUGGCAACCUCACCCCGGAGGACGCACACCACCUGUUCGACGAAUUGCUGCGGCAGGGCAAUCCUGUCCAGGAGCGUCCCUUGACUAACUUCUGCACCAAGUCAUCUUCUGCACCCUCCUCAAGGGCCUGGAGGCAAACCAAGUCAUCUUCUGCACCCUCCUCAAGGGACUCUGCCACGCAAAGCGCACAGAUGAGGCUCUGGACGUGCUGCUUCACAGGAUGCCUGAGCUGGGCUGCACCCCCAACGUGGUGGCAUAUACCACGGUCAUCCACGGCUUCUUUAAGGAAGGCCAAGUAGGCAAGGCAUGCAAUCUGUUCCAUGGAAUGGCGCAGCAGGGCGUUGCGCCUAAUUUGGUGACAUAUAACUCGGUUAUUGAUGCGUUGUGCAAGGCCAAAGCAAUGGACAAGGCAGAGUAUUUCCUUGGUCAGAUGGUUGAUGAUGGUGUCGUACCUGAUAAUGUGACAUAUAAUAGCCUCAUCCAUGGAUAUUCCUCUUCAGGCCACUGGAAGGAGGCAGUUAGGGUAUUCAAAGAGAUGACAAGUCGGAGGGUUACAGCAGAUGUGCAUACUUACAACAUGUUUAUGACCUUUCUUUGCAAACAUGGAAGAAGCAAAGAAGCUGCAGGAAUUUUUGAUACCAUGGCUAUGAAGGGCCUGAAACCUGACAACGUUUCAUAUGCUAUUCUCCUUCAUGGGUAUGCCACCGAAGGAUGCUUAGUUGAUAUGAUUAAUCUCUUCAAUUCAAUGGAAAGAGAUUGUAUUCUACCUGACUGUCGUAUCUUCAACAUACUGAUUAAUGCAUAUGCUAAAUCUGGGAAGCUUGAUAAGGCUAUGCUUAUCUUCAAUGAAAUGCAGAAACAAGGAGUGAGUCCAAAUGCAGUCACAUAUUCAACUGUAAUAGAUGCAUUUUGCAAAAAGGGUCAGUUGGACGAUGCUAUGAUAAAGUUUAAUCAGAUGAUUGAUACAGGAGUACGACAGGGCACAGCUGUUUAUGGUUCUCUAAUCCAGGGUUUUUGUACACACGGCGAUUUGGUGAAAGCAAAGGAAUUGCUUACUGAAAUGAUGAACAAAGGUAUGCUUCCUCCUGAUAUCAAGUUCUUCCAUUCAAUCAUGCAGAACCUUUGCACAGAAGGAAGGGUAAUAGAAGCACGGGAUGUCCUUGGCUUGAUAGCGCACAUAGGUAUGAGGCCUGAUGUUUGCACAUUUAAUAUACUGAUCGGUGGAUACUGCCUAGUCGGCAAGAUGGAGGAUGCCUCAAAAAUAUUUGAUGAUAUGAUGUCAUAUGGCUUAGAACCUUCUAAUAUUACGUAUGGUAUACUUAUUAAUGGCUAUUGCAAAAAUAGAAGGAUUGAUGACGGGCUUAUUCUGUUCAAAGAGAUGCUGCACAAGGGACUUAAACCUACAACUUUUAAUUAUAACAUCAUACUGGAUGGGUUACUUCUGGCUGGACGAACUGUUGCUGCAAAGGAAAAGUUUAAUGAGAUGGUUGAAUCUGGAGUAAGUGUGUGCACUGAUACAUAUUCAAUAGUUCUUGGUGGACUUCGCAGAAAUAAUUGCUUUAGCGAAGCAAUCAUGCUGUUCCAGAAAUUAAGGGCAAUGAACAUGAAAUUCAAUAUUAGAAUUGUCAAUAUCAUGAUUGAUGCCUUCUUUAGGGUUCAGAGAAAGCAAGAAGCUAAAGAUUUGUUUGCCGCAAUACCAGCCAAUGGCUUGGUAGCUAAUGUUGUUACCUACAGCAUAACGAUGACAAAUCUUAUAAAAGAAGGUUCAGUGGAAGAAGCUGACGAUCUCUUUUUAUCAAUGGAGAAGAGCGGCUGUACUGCUGACUCUUAUAUGUUAAAUCUUAUCGUCAGAAUGUUACUGGAAAAAGGAGAGCUAGUCAAGGCUGGGAAUUAUAUGUCUAAAGUUGAUGCAAUGAGCUACUCACUUGAAGCUGAAACCGUUUCGCUGCUUAUCUCUCUCUUUUCAGGGAAAGGGAAAUAUAGAGAACACAUAGGAUUGCUCCCUGCAAAGUAUCGGUUUCGUGAAGAAGCAGCCACAGUUGUGUAGUUUGAUACAUGGUAAACUUUAGUUCUCCUAGGCCUGCCAAAGUAUUCUUCUGCUUGUACAACAAAUGCAUUUCCUAUAUGUAAGAAGAAAUUCAGUAUAGAAGAAGCUAUCAGGAUGGCGCAAAGAGUACAAAUCAAACAUGCCCAGAACAGAAGACAGACCUAGGCCUGCCAAAACAAAGCUGAAUCCAAAUUUUAACAGAAGAAGCAGCAAAAAACUGAAGAUGUGCAGUAUGCUAGCCAAACACCUAUGGGAGAGUGACAGGUGGCCGAGCCGUUCACCUCCUGCCAGUAUCCAUGGCUUGGCCUCACAUGGAAUUGAGUGAACCAGUGCCUGGCGAUUUCAGGUGGCUCCACUGAAGAUGCAUUCAUUUAUCAGCCAGUGUGCUCCUUGUCAGCGCCUGUGUGCCCUUAUGUCUGUCUCAAGAAGGUAUUUGAAGAAGCUGAGCAAGAAUCGGAGUUUGGCUGGCUUGAGAUCUACGCUGCCAAAGCCAGAUUGAGUCUGAUGGAUUUUGGUGAGCUCGCCAUGGUUUUCUCCUCUGUUCCUUCUUGAAGAGCCGAUGGUGUAACAUUUUGGUACUACAGAACAGUGUUUUUCUUCUUUCCAUAGAACAGCCGGAUCCGAUUAUCUUUUUAUAUUCAUUGUCUAGUUUAUUUUC